CCGCGGUAUGACUACCGAUGCGGCGAGGGCCCGACAACGUACCUUCCCUUGCGACACUGAUCAUGAGGAGCCGUUUGAAAUUUACCCCCCCGCUCCUUCCGCACUGGAUGCCCAUCCAGCCCGAACUGGGAAUUCGAUGGGUGAACUGCACGAGAUGACUGACCUCCCCGGCUGGACCCAAAAAGCAUGAUCGAGGUCCAUCUAGCUUGGCCCAUGAGCGAACUGGAUCAUCUUAGGAGCUUGAAGUGAGAGAAAGGGAUAUUUGUAUACAAAAUGUAGUUUAAUACUACAUGCAAAUCGCUUUUCGGCGUUUCAUUGUUCUUGUUGUGUUGUGUGAACGAUGGCAUCUCAUUCCUCCCACGCCUAGAACAGGAGGAACCUGCCCUGGCCGAACCCGAAUCCCAUCUUCCAUCUUGCAACUCCCUUUUCCCCUAAGCAUUGGUCGUGUAUCCAGAGCGCCGGUUCUGCUCGCGCAGAUGCAUAUACAAACCCAAAAAGCUCAUGUCCUGGUAUCUCUCAUACGCUCAUGCCAUCAUAACGCAGCCUCCGUCAAUUCCAAGUUCCCAAAAAGGGUCGUAUAUGGUAAUAAUAGACUACUUGAAGCCUCACAGCAGCCAUUCCUAGCAGCCUGUGCACGUCGGUUUCUUUCCGUUUUUUCUUUCUUUGUCUUUGUUUUGGGCGCACGAACACUUUCUCCACUUUGAAGCCGUUCCCCGGAGUCUACCCACCGUGGGUUGCCCCCAUGUUCAAUCAU